GAACAAAAAACCCUCACCAAAUGUUUGUUCAAAACUAACUAAUAAGUCAAUAUGAGACCCGGAUAUUGGGAGGAAUCAUUAACACAUCACGCAUGCUAUUGAAUAUUGCUUAGCCUUGCAAAUAAUAACAGCUGCUCAGUCCACGCCUCCAACGCGCGCUGACCCAUUUCAAUUUAUUUGAGCACUCAAUUUGUGCCGAAAGACCGAGUUUCUCUUCCCAAGUUUUAUUAAAAGUGCCUGAUAAGUCUAUUCCCUCAAGUAGAAUUGGUUUCCUACUCUCAUACUUUUCCUCACCACUCUCAAAAAUGCGUCGCUCGCUUGUCUUUCUAUGUUAUGUACUCAGCCUAGCUGAUAUAGCUACCUCACAACAAUCUACUGCCAAUGCUGAGGCUGCUUUCAGGCAAUUGCAAACUUGGUACAAUACCGCUUCUGGCCUCUGGACUACAACAGGAUGGUGGAAUGCUGCGAAUUGUCUGACCGUCCUCGGUGACCUGGCCGCGGUCGAUCCGAAUGUCAGGUCAAACAUCACUGGUGUUAUGUCGAAUACCUUUACCCGUGCUCAAACGAAUAACUUACAAAUGACGAAAGCGGUAUUGCCAGACUUCAAUUACGUUUGUUUGUAUGGCAGUUCUACCAACACCACAGACAAUGCUCUAGUGAACUAUAUUCCCGUGCGUGCAAGGGCUAGUGUGAGCCCCAGACAAUUUAAAGGAUUUUUGAAUGAUUAUUACGACGAUGAAGGUUGGUGGGCACUAGCCUGGAUCCAAGCAUACGAUAUCACCGGAAAUAGGGACUAUCUAUCAAUGGCCGAAUCCAUUUUUGCCGACAUGAAAAUGGGCAGUAACACAACCUGCUCAAAGGGUGUCUCGGGAAUUUGGUGGGACAAGCCAAAAACAUACGUCAACGCCAUUGCAAAUGAACUUUAUUUGAGUGUAGCUGCUCAUCUUGCCAAUCGUGCAUCAAAUAGAGCAAGUUAUUUGACCAUAGCAAGAGAUCAAUGGAGUUGGUUCCAAGGGACUGGAAUGAUCAAUGCGCAAGGAACAAUUAAUGAUGGGUUGACGAGUGACUGUCGAAAUAAUGGGGGAACGGUUUGGAGUUAUAAUCAAGGGGUUAUACUUGGAGGACUCGUCGAACUUUCGAGGGCGACAGAUGACCAAAGCUACAUUAACACGGCUAAAAGCAUUGCUUCAGCAGCAAUCAAAGCAUUAUCAGAUUCAAAUGGAAUCCUUCACGACCCAUGCGAACCGAAUUGCGGAGCAGAUGGCGCACAAUUCAAAGGAGUAUUCAUGAGAAACCUCCAGAGACUUCACCAAGAAUCACCCGACUCAAGUUAUUUUACGUUUAUCGCAAAUAAUGCGAAGAGUAUCUGGGCGAACGAUAGAGAUCCAUCUAAUAAUGCACUUGGCGUUAAUUGGGCAGGACCAUUUAUCUCACCAGCAGAUGCAAGUACACAGAGCUCAGCAUUGGAUGCUCUUGUGGCGGCGGUUACAGUUGGAGCUAGACGAGUUGUUAGGGGAUCGAGAUGGAUAGCGUGAUGGGUUUGAAGAUUGUUUAUGGGUGAAGGGCUUGCUUCGGAAGUGUGAAGACUGGCAGUGGUUGGCAGAUGGAGUGGAAUGAAUGGAGUUUUGGUUUAACGGUGAUAGGUUAUGAGUAUGGGUAUGGGUAUCAAGGAAUUUAUGCAAGUAUUUGAUUAACGUUGUUUUGAGGGAUGGAUAUCAUGUUUCUUUUUUUGCUGCAGAUGAGGGAGGGAUACUGGUGGGUGGAUAUUGCCAUUUGAUAGCCUAUAGCUUACAUU